AUGUGGUUUGAGGGCUGGAACUCCAACCACCGAAUGAUGUGGUCUGAGGGCUGGAACUCCAACCACCAAAUGAUGUGGUCUGAGGGAUGGAACUCCAACCACCAAAUUAUGUGGCCUGAGGGCUGGAACUCCAACCACCAAAUUAUGUGGCCUGAGGGCUGGAGUUCCAACCACCAAAUGAUGUGGUCUGAGGGCUGGAACUCCAACCACCAAAUUAUGUGGCCUGAGGGCUGGAGUUCCAACCCCCAAAUGAUGUGGUCUGAGGCCUGGACCUCCAACCACCGAAUGAUGAGGUCUGAGGGCUGGAACUCCAACCACCAAAUGAUGUGGUCUGAGGUCUGGAACUCCAACCACCAAAUGAUGUGGUCUGAGGGCUGUCUGGUUUAG